AUGAGCACAACGACCACGCAUCUGAAGGAAGAGAAAUCCAACUCUCUCGUCUUCGCCGUCGCAAACUUCAACAUCUACAUGGUGCGCAUACAGGCCAAGAUCCGCAGCAAAGGCCUGAGGAAAGUUGUGAGCGGCGAAGUAACGGGCGAGGAAGCCGACGACUACGACUCCAAGGAAGAAAGGGCCUUCGAUAUCCUCGUCAACUCCCUCGACGAUGACAACCUGGCCUAUGUGUCUCACGUGACAACGUCCAAGGAAGUGUGGGACCUGCAUAUCACGCCUUACGAAGCCCGAAUGUAUGCUGAUGUGCCCCACAUCAUCCACGAGUUGCACACGAAGGUCUACACACCUGGCUCGUGCAUGCAGAAGCAUAUCACGGACCUGCGCGGCCUCCAACAGAAGCUGCUCCUUAUGGAAUCUCGAGUGGAUGACGAAAUGCUCGGACGAAUCCUGCAGACCAGCGUCAAGGAAGUCUUCCCGACGACGGUGGAAAUAUUGCGCAGCCGUGAACCGUCUGCGACUCUCGACCAAAUCAUCAACCUUGUGUUGUCCAGGGAAGAUGAGGGCAAGCCGGACAACCAAAGGCCUUACAAGAAGAAACAAGCGGUCAAGGACAUAUGCCACUACUGCCACAAGAUUGGGCACUAUCCGUUCGAAUGGCGGUACAAGAAGCGGGAUUUGGCCAAGGCCGUGUAG